CAUAUAUUUCUGACAAGAAAGCAAAGCUAAAUGCUACAAUACAAUUGGAAAGAGAGAAUAUUCUUAGUAAAAAUAUAGAUUUAAAUAAUAUAUUGAAGUUGCCGGAUAGGCAUAAUUAUAAUAUAGAUGAUAUUAAAGAUUCUAUAAAAUAUCAAGGCAAAAGUAAACCUGCUAGUAAUCAUAUUAAAGCUUAUAAUAAGAAUAAGAAGGUGAUUAGUAGUAUAUUUAAAAAAGAAAAUACUUACAAAAAUCUUGAGAACAUGGUAAAAAAUAAUAAUACUAGCAGACAUAAAUAUAGAUUGUAUAAUAAGACAGAGUAUUAUACAUCUAAAUAUCUUAUUAAGAAAGUUAAAUGCAUUUGA